CUAGUCCAGGAUGACCCAGAUUCACUACAUAGUCUCAGGGUGACUUCAAAAUUACUGCGAUCCUCCUGCCUCUGCCUCCCGAGUGCUGGGAUUUAAGAUGUGUUCCACCACGCCAGCUUUACCGUCUUAAGAAGACUUCAAGAAUUGCCCUCGGAGCCAGGAGGAAUGGGGUAGACAGAGUCCAGGGCACCAAGUACGGAAUAUUUAAAAGAUGCUUCAGAGAAGAUGAAAGGUGGCCUUAUGUUUGUAAAAUUGGCUAACCCCUGUUCAGGAGAAGGAGCCAUUUACUUGUUCAAUAUGAAUCUGCAGCAGCUGUUCGAAAUCAAAGUUUUCAAAGAAAAAUACCAUUCUUGGUUUAUCAAUCAAUCAGUUCAGUCGGGGGGGCUUCUCCACUUUGCCACACCCAUGGACCCUCUGUUUCUGCUCCUCCACUACCUCAUAAAGGCUGGCAAAGAGGGAAAGUAUCAGCCCUUAGAUCAAGUUGUGGUGGACGACGUAUUUCCCAAUUGCAUUUUGUUGCUGAAACUUCCUGACCUGGAGAAGUUACUUCACCACGUGACAGAAGAAAAAGAAAUAAACAACAAGAAAUAUUACCGAUACAGCAGAGAGAAGACAUUAAGGUGGCUGGAGAAAAAGGUUAAUCAAACUGUGGUGUCGUUAAAAGCUAACAAUGUCAUUGUUGGAGCCCGAGUGCAGUCAGCCACGUUUUUCUCUGGUGACCAGGCUUCCAGUGACAAAGAAGAAGAUUAUGUUCGCUAUGCCCAUGGCCUGAUCUCUGAUUACAUUCCUAAAGAAUUAAGUGAUGAGUUAUCUACAUAUUUAAAGAUUCCAGAACCUUCAGCGCCAUUGCCAAAUCCUCCAUCAAAGAAACUAAAAUUAUCAGAUGUGCCUGUGGAAGCAAAAGAAGAUUACACUAAGUUUAACACUAAAGAUCUGAAGACUGCGAAGAAAAAUAGCAAAAUGACUGCAGCGCAGAAGGCUUUGGCUAAAGUUGACAAGAGUGGAAUGAAAAGUAUCGAUGCCUUUUUUGGUGCAAAAAGUAGAAAAACUGGGAAAGAUUUGAAACUUUGAAAAUAAAGUCUGAUAAAGCAAAAGAAGGAGUCUCCUUUUCCCCUCGGUCCGUUUUCUUCCUGCUGCCGCGCUCUUCCUGACCCGACCCUGACCCCGCAUGAAACAGGCGAGGCGCUGUUCGGAGGCCUGCAACGCUUUGGAUUUGAUUUUGUGUUUCUGAGCAAAAUAUGGAAAAGCAAUGGUGUAUAUUCAUGGGUGGGGACUUUAGAAUCUGUGCCAUGACACAGCCGUCCGGUGACGAGAAUCAGCAGGUAGCGUCCCAGGUGCCUCCACAAACAGACCUGUGGCAUAUUUGACAGCAUUGCUCUGCCAUGCAGCCCUGCUAUGGGAAGCUCUAGAAGCAUGGUCUUCAAUAUACUAAAAGAAACUGGAUAGCAAAACUGUACAUUUUGAUAAAAGUCAAUAAUUAAUCAUAUUUUUCUGUUGUUAAGAGCUCACGUUCUUUGUAGAAAAGAAUAAAACAAAAAUUGCAUUUGAUCACCCAAAGAUAAUCUGGUGCUUUUUCUUAUAACAAAAAUACUUUAAAGAAUUGUAAUUGCAGUUCCAUUGCCUUUUUUACAAUGUCAUUUUGAGUGUGUUCUCUGAGCCUACAAGGUAUUCUUCACACGCGUGGUUUUGUGCAACUACUGAGCCAUUUUGCAGCUCCACACACAUGGUUUUUCUGAGGGCUGGAGACACAGCUCUACGAUAGAGCGCCUGUGUGUCAUGCACAGGGUCUUAGUCAGCUCCUGGUACUGCCAAAAACAAUGCAUCAAUUCUUCUUAGUGACAAUAUAAGACUUAGUUAUUUGGUUACUUGAUUGUUUAAUAUCUAUGCCCCUGUUUCACUGUUUAGAUUACUUGUAAAUGUUCAGUACUUGAAAAAUCUAUUACUGGUUUUUUUUAGACUAGAUUUCUAGAUGUGGGCUUACUGGUCCAAACAUUAGUUUUUCAUGUUUUACUUGUGAAUACUUUUCACCAAAAGAUUACAGAAGUUUAUACUCUUAACAUAUGACAGGCAUUUGUGGCUUCUUAUAUAUAAUGAAAAGCAUCUUAUUAUGGAUUUAAUAUUGUCUUGAUUGACAACAGUGUUGAUCAUUUUUCAUGCCAUUGAUCAAUUGUCCUCUUACAGAGAUUUAUUUACCUUGUUAAAUUAUUAGGGUGCCAGCACCUUUCUUCUUGACUAAAUAAAACUCUUCAGGAACUAAAAGUUCACUAAUUUGCACACAAA